UUGGCCACUCGGUACACUACAUUCCACCUACAAAGAUAUUAUUAGUCUCUCUCUCUCUCUCUCUUAAAACAUACGUUAAGAUAAUUAAAAGAUUCUCAAAAAAUAAAGCACAGCAGUCCAAAGGCCUCUUCCCCGUCUCCUUCCCCUUUCCACCAACCAGAGCGAGAGAGCUUCCAACACUCAGAAUAUACACACUUAUCCAUUUAUAUUUGUCUCCACACGCGCAAUUCUGAAACCCACAUUUCGCCCCAACACCAAGAUGUCCACUUUCAACACCAAAACCUCUUCUUUUCUCGCUCUAACGUCGUUGAUUCUGCUCCUCUUCACAUUCCUUUCAUCCCCUGGAGCUGCGGCAGAAUCAGCCGGCGACGGCGUCGUUCGGCGGUCUGUUUUGGAAAAUGAAACGGUUUUAGUGCUGGCUGAGGAGAGAACGCGUAGAAAAGAUCCGCUUGAUGACCUCAAUUACUAUACGGGAGGCUGGAAUAUCAGCAAUGAACAUUACUUUGCUUCUGUGCUUUAUACUGGCUCUUCUCUUUUCCUUGUUGCUGCAUUCUGGUUUGCGCUAUUCGGGAUUUUCAUGUUGCUGGCUUGUAUGUACGUCUGCUGCUGCAGACGCAGGCGUUACGGCUAUUCACGUGUUGCCUAUGCUCUCUCACUCAUUCUUUUGACAUUGUUCACAAUUGCUGCAGUAAUUGGUUCUAUUGUUCUAUACACUGGCCAAGGAAAGUUUCACGACACUACAAAAGAUACAUUAGAAUAUGUGCUGGGCGAAGCAGAUUCCACUGUCGGCAAUCUGAAGAGUUUUUCGAAUUAUCUUUCUACUGCUAAGACGGUUGGAGUAGAUCAAGUUUUUCUUCCUAAAGAUGUGCAGAACAACAUUGACAAGGUGAACACCUUGGUUACCUCUGCUGCCGACACUCUUGAAAGUGCAACAAAGAAUAAUAAGGAUGACAUAUUCAACUAUUUGGAUACUGUGGGGUUAAUUCUAAUUAUAGUUGCUGCUGUAAUGCUUGCCCUCGCUUUUGUCGGUUUCUUGUUAUCCAUUUCAGGCCUGCAGUGUCUCGUCUACAUAUUGGUGGUCGUUGGUUGGAUUCUCGUUGCGCUCACUUUCAUCUUGUGUGGUGUAUUCCUCGUUCUCCACAAUGUGAUGGGGGAUACAUGUGUGGCCAUGAACGACUGGGUUGCUAACCCGACAGCUCACACCGCGUUAGACAAAAUUAUCCCAUGUGUGGACACAGCUACCGCUCAAGAAGCACGCUCCCAAAGCAAAGAAGUUACCUUCCAAAUGGUUCAGCUUGUGAAUGGGAUCAUCGCAAAUGUAUCCAAUCGCAACCUACCUCCUAUUGCUGGACCUUUGUCGUACAACCAAUCUGGUCCGUUGGUGCCUCUUCUCUGCAAUCCAUAUAAUCCUGACAAGACCGACCGGAAAACAUGCAUCACUGGUGAAGUUGAUUUCACAAAUGCAACACAGGUUUGGAAGAAUUACGAAUGCCAAGUUUCAAACAACAAAUGCACGACAGUGGGGCGCCUAACGCCCAGUAUGUAUGAUCAAAUGAGUGGAGCUGUGAAUGUGAGCUAUGGGCUGUAUCAUUACGGUCCAUUCCUGACGGACCUAGUCGACUGCACGUUUGUACGAGACACCUUCACCACAAUACACAAGGAUCACUGCCCGGACCUCAGACUUUACAGCAAGUGGGUGUAUAUUGGCUUGGUCAUGGUCUCUGCUGCAGUCAUGCUCUCUCUCAUAUUUUGGAUGGUCUAUGCACGAGAGAGGCGACACCGCAAGUAUACGAAGCUCGAAGAUGCUGCUGCAUCAGCUCAAGCCUCAUAUGAAGCCAAAGACCCAUGAGAUGCUCACGAUUUGCAUCUCCAGCUUCACUUGUGUAGAUACCAGAUUUACAGUAAAUUUUUUUAAUGUAUAUUGUUUUUUGGCCCCCUUUUUUUUUGGAUAAUUUGAAUUUCUGACCUCUGCUUCAUCAGAUUAAGUAUGAAUUCUCAGUGGGAAUUAUUGUUUUUUUUCUCCA